UCAGGACCGAAGAUGUUGGCAUUCUGGACUGUUGUCCUCCUCAGCAGUCUGCUGGCCCCUUCACAAGGAUUUGGACUCAUACCCUUGGUUGCCAGAGGAGAUACAGAUGAAAAUCAGAAGCUGGUCCAGAUCCACUCAGCAGUAGUGGCAAUGCUGGUUUUAAAGGUUCAUCAGCCAGAGGUGUUCCCCAGAAACCUCAAGGUGGUCUCCUUGGUGGCAAUCUGCUUGGUGGUCUCCUUGGAAAAGGUGGUGCCUCUCCUUGGAAAAGGUGGUGCCGUAGGCAGUCUCCUUGGAAAAGAAGGAGUUGUUGGAGGUCUCCUUGGCCAAGAUGGAGCUGUUGGGGGUCUCCUUGGUGGGGACGGUCUCCUUGGGGGUCUCCUUGGUGGAGAUGGUGCUGUUGGUGGUCUCCUUGGUGGAGAUGGUCUCCUUGGUGGUCUCCUUGGUGGAGGUGGUCUCCUUGGUGUCCUUGGUGGUGGUGAUGGUCUGCUUGGUGGUAUUACUGGUGGUCUGCUGGGUGGUGGUGGUGAAGGGCUGCUGGGAGGACUGGCUGGUGGCCUGAUUGGUGGAGGGGGUGAUGCUGGUGGUGGCUUGCUGGGUGCAGGGAGUGGUGGAGGUGCUUAUGGUGGGGGUCCCAGAAACCCUCCCAGAGGCUGGCCAGCAGCUGGUGGCAAUUUCCCCAGGGAUGGCAGCCCUGUGGGGGUUGCUGGAAGAGCUCAGGGACCAGGAGGUCUACUUGGCAACGGAGGUCUCCUCGGCACAGCAGGGAUCCUCAGCAGCAGCCUGCUCAGCAUCCUCAGGGAAGGUGGCUUGCUCAGCACCAUCCAGGGGCUCACCAGGCUGAGGAUCGUGGAGGAGACGCUGCCCAGGGUGUCCCUGAGGCUCCUGCCUGGCAUUGGUGCCAACCUCAACCUCUACACCCGAGUGGCCCUCAAUGGCAAGAGCCUCUCGAGUUUGCUUGAGAUCACUGUGGAGGUGAACAUCACAGCAAGGGUCAGGCUGACCAUGGAUGGCAUGGGCUACCCCGAACUGGUGACAGAGAGAUGUGACACGCUCCUCAGUGGCAUUAAAAUCAGACUCCUGAGCGGCCUGCUCCCAAUUGUGGAUAAUUUAUUGGCAAGCGUCCUGAACAGACUUCUUCCUAAUCUGCUCUACCUGGUGGUUGACAUCACCCUGGGACUUGUCAGUGACCAGCUGGAACUUGUGAACUCACUGGUGCCCCUGGGUUUGCUGGGCAGCAUCCAGUACACUGUGUUCAGCCUUCCCCUGCUAACAGGCCAGUUCCUUGAGGUGAACUUGAACUUUGUGAUAAUGACUAAGCUGGCAGAAAAGGACUGGGAGUUUUUUCAUGAUCUCGGUGACCAGAAUUCAGAGCAAUUUUCAGCUUUCCAGACCUCGUCUCAGCUGGUGUAA